CUCCCCCGCACCCCGCCCCGCCCCGCCCCACUCUGGCCGGCGCCCAAGGGCCGAAGUCCGCUCCGGAUCCGGGCCGGGUUUCCCCGGCGUCGCCGGGCCCUCUGCCCUCCGAGCCGCCGGCCUGGGCCCCACCGCGCGUGGCCGCGGGAGCCGCGCACACGGCCCGAACCCCAACCCCGGGCACGGGUCGCCGGCGCCCGCAAGCCGCCCUUUCGCAUUCGAACUCCCCGAGUCUGGACCCUCGCGAUUCCCGCGCGUCACCCGAACUUGAGCCUUUGGGCUCCGAAGUGACCCCCUUUCGCGGCACCGUCCGCUGUCCGCGCGGCCAUCCCGCUCCGCUGCUCAGCACCCCGGUCCCGGCUCCGGAGAGGGACCCAUGGAUAGCUGGUGAGGUUGCCUGGAGAUGCAAGAUAACCUGCUCAAGUUAACCAUCAUCCCCAGAGCCCGAGGCAAGGAGUCUGGUUAAUGCAGCUGGAAGCUGGCCGCAGUGUAGCCACCUCAGAGGUCCCUAAGCCUGAAAGUGAGGCUGAGCCAGAUGCGAAGCUACUCUCGGAACACCGGUCACAGGAGGCCUGGACAUAUUCUGGGGCCAAGCCCAGGCCAGGAUGUGGGCCCAAGACUGAGACUGAGCAGUUGGAACUCGUGGUGGCCACAUAACCGGAGUUUGAGGAAGUGCUGGCCAUCGGGGGCAUCUAUGGUGACCUUGACUGUCUUCUCGGCUGCUACCACAUCUGGCUCCAGGAUCCCAGCCUCACGGCGGUGCUGGCCAAGCACACCAGAGAAGUGGUGAGAACUGGGCAGUGCCUAGGUGAAAAGGGGCCUGGGGAGUCGGUGCACUCGAUCGAUGAGAAGCAGACAGCGUUGGUGGAGGGGCUGCGCCUGGCGCCCUGAGAGCGCGGUGAGGGCGUGGCCUGCCUGGUGCAGAGCCUCUGCUUGCAGCUGGUCUGGCGGCAGCGCUCAGGGGUCAAGGUGGCACGCCUUCCAGACCAGCGGGACCCCCGGGAGUUGAAGAAAUACCGCCCAAACACCAAGCAGGUGAGACAAACAAAGGGGCUGGGCGUCUUCCCCCAGGCUCAGCCAGUCACUCGUUUUCUUUCUCUGCCGGUUCUACUGAUGGGAACCCUGCCCUGGGACUCCCAGUCUUUACCCAGACCUCUUUGCCAAGGGGAAGUCAAACAGCUCCCGACUCCCAGCUGCCAACCCUCAGUCCUCACUUCUGGAGACUUCUCCCACUGCCAGCCCUGGUGCUCACUUGUGUCCCCCGCAGGGCAUCCUUUUGGUCCAAUCCAGCACAUCCGUGCUUCUGGCAGGUGGCAUUGCGGGCCGCUGGCACUGUCAAAAGCAAGUGGUGGCAUGGCAAGCAUCACAGGUGUCAACGGCAUGUGCCAGCUCUUCCUGGCGCCCCAGUUGUGGUCAUAGCUGGCUUAUAUUUGCCAGGUCAGCUUGGGGUUUGAGCUGGUCCAAGGUUACACGGAGCAGUACUUGCUGGAGGCCACAGGUGAAGUCGCUACUAUCUGAAGAAGAUGCUGCCCCCUUACUGAUCCCCAGAAAGCCCUGCCCUCAUUUGCAAGCUCCAUCCCUUCCCAUGCCCCCUAUCCUUUCCCACUGCUGGUCCCUCUUUCCUUCCCCUGUACCUCUCCGUUGUCCGCUGCCAGAUCAGAACCACCCAGUUUGGUGGAGCCCCUUGCAUUGCUAUUGUCCACCUUUUCCCUUUCCUGGGCAAAGAAUCUGUUCCAUCAUAGACUUCAGAGUUUUUUUCCUGUCCUAGUCUAGGAGUGAACUCUAUCCUUCCUGGCUUCUCCCUUCUGACAACACCUCUCCAGGAGCACAGCUGCCUCAAGCCCUCAGAGCUUGCCCGGGCUCCCCUCACUGCUCUGUGCCUCUAGAUCAGUGUCCUCCCCUUUUCUCUAUACCCCCACCUUCCUCCUCUCUAGACUUCCCAGACACCUCCUUUCCCCAAUUAUCUCUUUAUCACCCACCAUGUGUGCAAUAUGGAAAGAGACCCAGGAAAUGAAAUAGAUUUAUAAUGCUCCCCCUACUCUCCCUGUAUACCCUCUGGUGAGUCACCUUUUUGAGCUUGCACCCUCUAACUGGGGUUUCCUCCAAUGUUGCACCAUGCUGAUAUUUCACAGGCCCCCUCCUAAUGCUGGCAACCAGGGGCGCAGGCUGGAGGAUUUGCUGUAGUGGAGGGCAAGUCCCUCAGCCAGUGUGAGGCUGCUUUCUAGUGAGACUGGAACCCACCUCCAGGUAUUUCUGGACACUCGUCCCUUUCUCUAGUUCCUUUACACUUUUUGGACUUCGACAGUCUUCUAUUUAAAUGCAAGUAGCACCCUGGCCACUUUGGCUCAGUGAAUAGAGCAUUAGCCUGUGGACUGAAGGGUCCUGGGUUCAA